AUGCAAUGCAGUCAAUUACCUGCUAUAUGCUUGCAAUGUGACAUGACCUACAACUGCUUUUAUGGAGAAGAAUUAACUGUCAAUUGUUCAUCUUUACCUGGCAUCAACUGUAAAGGAGAUGAUAAUUUCAUUCGAUCAAUGAAAUGUGCGUUUUGCUAUCAAUUUCCAUCUUCCAAUUAUACAUGUUCUAGCAACUUCAGUUGCCGUGCUGUCGGAAAUAAAAGUACCUCAACAUAUAUUGCCACCUGCACCAUCGAUAAUAGUAUUCUUUGCUUAGGUAAUAGAACAUUUCAAAAAAAUGUUAAAUGUAAUUGGACUUCGGGACAUCACUGGAGCACAGCUGUUAUACUUAGUAUUACCUUGGGAGGUUUUGGCGCUGAUCGGUUUUAUUUAGGGUAUUGGCGUACAGGCCUAGGCAAAUUGUUUAGUCUUGGUGGUCUAGGAGUCUGGACACUAAUAGAUGUUGUUCUAAUUGCUAUUGGUUAUUUAAAGCCAGAGGAUGGUUCGUUGUAUUUAUAA